AUGUCUGACUUUGGCGAUGAUGAUGUGGCCGGCGCUGGAGGCGACGACAUGUACGAGGAUGAGGAGAUCAACGAUUAUUACGACCCCGAGCCUGCUGGUGAGGAUGAUGACAACCAGCAAGGCGUCCAGGAUGACAACAUUGUUCCCUCUGGAGACCCCUCAGCUAUCGCGAACGCGGCGAAGGGCGGUGAUAGGAUCCUGAAAGACAAGAAGAUCCCCGAGAACGAGCGAACCACAACCCCUUAUAUGACCAAGUAUGAGAGGGCGCGUAUCCUCGGCACGCGCGCUCUGCAGAUCAGCAUGAAUGCGCCUGUCCUUGUUGAUCUUGAGGGUGAGACAGAUCCCCUACAGAUUGCGAUCAAGGAGAUGCGAGAAAAGAAGAUCCCCUUGAUCGUGCGGCGCUACAUGCCUGAUGGCUACUACGAGGACUGGACCUGCGAGGAACUACUGCAGUAA